AUGAACAACGGCUUGAACCGCAAAGCCGUGACAGCAAUGACAAAGGGCGACUUGUCCACCUCGAAUCCUGCGACAGCAAAGAACACUGGAGGCCACGAACAAGGAAGCCUGGCGGGAGAGGAGAGCUGUCCAGCGCCACCCUCGUACAGCAUGUUCAACGCCUGGGAAAAAGGCUUCAUCGUCUUCAUCGUUUCGGCCUCUGCUUUCUUCUCACCUGUCAGCGCGAACAUCUACUUCCCGGCCCUCAACACGCUCGCCCAAGACUACCAUGUCUCACCCACGCUCAUCAACCUCACAAUCACCAUGUACAUGAUCUUUCAGGGGCUUGCGCCCUCCUUCACCGGCUCGCUGUCAGACAGCAUCGGCAGACGCCCAGUCUAUGUCCUUUGUUUCAUCGUCUACAUCGGCGCAAACAUCGGCCUCGCGCUGCAGAACCAGUUCGCCGCUCUCAUGGUCCUUCGCUGCCUCCAGAGUUCCGGCAGCAGCGGGACGAUCGCCCUUGGGAACGCCGUGGUCUCCGACGUGGCCAGCGCUUCCGAACGCGGAUCUUAUCUCGGAUACGUUUCCCUCGGUGGUGUGGUUGGCGUCUCACUUGGUGCCAUCAUCGGUGGGAUUCUCAGCGACUUUCUGGGAUGGCGAUCCAUCUUCUGGUUUCUAGUCCUCAGUGCAGGCGUGGUCCUUGUUUUGAUUCUGGUGUUUCUGCCGGAAACAGCACGGGCCGUGGUCGGCAACGGCUCAGUCAGGCCCGCGGCAUGGGAUCUGUCACUCUGGGAUCAGCUGCCGUCGACCAAGCGAAGGAGAGUCGCCUCAGGGACGUCAGAAACGCUAUCAGGGUCUUCAGCAACCGGACGCUUUGUCAACCCCUUGAUGACGCUUAAGAUAUGCGCCGACAAGGAAGCAGGCAUCGUGCUCUUCGCCAACGGCAUCGUUUUCGCAGGCUACUACGCUCUCGUCGGCGCAAUCCCAUCGCAAUUUCACGCGCUGUACGGUUUCAACGAUCUCGACGUCGGUCUCUCUUUCAUCCCCAUCGGCGUGAGCGCUGCCAUAUCGGCCGUAGCAGUUGGAUACGCCGUCGACUGGAACUUUGCCCGCCACGCGCGCAGGCUGGGCAUCAGCGUCGACGGAGCCAAGCAGAUGAGCAGAGACCUCGGCAGCUUUCCCAUUGAGAGUGUUCGUUGCGAAGUUGCCCUCCCCAUGCUGGCGCUUACCGUCGUGACCUUCGUCGUCUAUGGCUGGCUGCUGUCCUUCCACACCAGCGUGGCCGGCCCGCUGGCCAUGCUCUUCUUUGUCGGCUUCGGGGUCAACGGCUUCUUCACCAUUCUCAGCGUCUUAAUUGUCGACGUGUAUCCGCAAGCACCAGCUACAGCUACGGCAGCUAAUAAUUUUGUCCGCUGCUGGCUGGGCGCGGGCGCUUCGGCCAUUAUCAUCCCCAUGAUUGACGCCUUGUCGAGCGGCUGGGCAUACACGUUUAUCGCUCUGUUAUAUCUUCUCAUGGCGCCCCUGCUUUGGGUCAUCAUGCGCUGGGGACCACGGUGGAGGUCGGAUCGGAAUGCAGCCGAAAAGGCGCGAGAGGCGAGCCAAAAUGUCGAGGCAUGA